ACAUGAGAUUUGAUUGGAAGAAAGCAAUGAGGGAAUCUACAGGGAGAAAAGAACAUUAUGUUUCAUCAUAUAACCGCGUGGAAGUUUCUACCCAAUCCUAAACAUAACCCAAUUUUCCAAUUUCACUCGGCAAUCCCUCUCCCUUCAUCCAUCCCCCCUAUUUAACAGCCAUUUCCACCCAAAAGAAAAAGCAUAGCUCAGCAAAGGACAUUAUAAAAACAAAAAAACCCCCUAAGAACGACGUACUGCUAAUGGAGAUCCCAGCUGGUUUUCGGUUUUUUCCUACAGAAGAAGAGUUAGUUUCCUUCUACCUACGCAACCAGUUAGACGGCCGGAGACAAGAGAUGCACAGUGUUAUUCCUGUUCUCAACAUUUACGAUGUCGAGCCAUGGGACCUUCCUCAGCUUGCGGGGGAGCGUUGUAGACGAGACACUGAGCAAUGGUUUUACUUCACACCAAGACAAGAGAGGGAAGCUCGAGGUGGGAGAGCUAACCGAACUACUGCUUCUGGCUACUGGAAGGCAACAGGGUCUCCCAGCUAUGUCUACUCCUCCGAUGACCGAGUGAUCGGAAUGAAGAAAACAAUGGUUUUCUAUAAGGGGAAAGCUCCUUCUGGGAAGAAAACCAAAUGGAAGAUGAAUGAGUAUAGAGCUAUAGAAGCUGUGCCCAACCCGACUGCUGUUACCACGACUCCGAUGUUGAGACACGAAUUCAGUUUGUGUCGAAUCUACGUGGUAUCAGGCAGCUUUCGAGCAUUUGAUAGACGCCCACUCGAACCUGUAUCAAAAGCAACACAACUUCAUGAGAAUAGGACUGCAACAUUUUCAGAGAGAGCCUCUAUGAUGGAGGUAACAAGCUCCUCAAGUACUUCACACACUGGAGGAGACCACUCUGAUCAACCAGAGGCAAAUGAAGAUGAUAUUUGGGAGAUGGUUAACGAUCUCGAAGAACCUCCCUUAGGAUGGGAACAAAUGAACUGGACUGGAGUUUAGCAAACAUUAAUAAGUAACCACUCCUUGAUGUGGUAGAUAGGAUAGUACCAAAAAGCACGAGUAAAAUCUAACUUCAGUAAGUAGCAGUUUUUCAUCUUCAACAUGAAGGUUAAUGUAGAUGUAAUAACAAAUAAUCAAAGAUCUUAAGAGAUCAUUUUAUGUAAAAUAGGAUUAAUUUUUUUUCGAGAAAUCGAAGUUAGGGAAAAUCCCAUUGUUUUUGUA